UUUUCGAAGAUGUCGCAGCCCCUGGACUCGACAUCCCUGGCGUCGAUGGUAUGCUUCAGGUUGGUUGGCUACGGAUGUCAGUUCAUAUUCUUUUGCACAUGAGGGAGCUUACUGCUAUGGAUGGAGUGUUGGCCUCAGUUGCCGAGACGAUUAAGAACUUUGCAGUAAUAUAUCUUGUCGAUAUCAUAGAGGUUCCUGAUUUCAACGCAAUGUACGAGCUGUAUGAUCAUUCCACUGUCAUGUUCUUCUUUAGGAACAAGCACAUAAUGAGAUUGAUCUUUGGUGCUGGAAACAACGAUAAGAUAAACUGGGCACUCAAGGAUAAGCAGGAGUUCAUUGAUAUCAUUGAAGACGUGGUUUAGUUACUCUUCAACCAAUAUCGCUACUAAGAUGUCGUGCAAGUUCUUGUUGACGAUGUUAGAUUUAAGACAUUGCAUCUCAUUUUGUGACUUUGUGUUAUGACUU